AUGGCUUUCUUAUUGAGUCGCGCGCCUCUCAUUUUCGGCGUCGGUCACAGCAAUGGCUUCCCCGGCGAUCAUUACUUCACUGCGUGUAAUUACAGCCGCAAAUAUCAGGUGAAUCUGCAGGAUCCAAUUCCUCCAAAUGUCAGAACCGUAAGAUCUGAUAGACGUGUUUGCCUCUCGUUGCAGUUCCUCCAGAACCUGGGCAAGGUCGACCGAACUGCGGACGACAUAUUCGACGAGCACCUGCAAAACUUCACGAGGCAGCAGAACUCCGCCAACAGGCUGCAAAAGGAGUUCAACAAUUACAUCAGGUGUGUCCGAGCGGUGCAAGCCGCCUCGAAGACGCUCAUGGACUCGUUGAAUGAAAUCUAUGAGAGCCAAUGGACCGGACACGAUCUGUUAUACGUACAGGCACAAAAUCUCGACAUGCUGUGGCAGGAUUUCACUCACAAGCUCGCGGAUCAGGUUCUUGUGCCACUCAACACAUAUCAGAGCCAAUUCCCGGAGAUGAGGAAAAAGAUCGACAAGCGCGGCCGCAAAUUGGUGGACUACGACAGUCAGAGACACAACUUCCAAUCGCUGCAGUGCAAUCCAAAGAAGAGGGACGAGCUGAAGGUGUCUCGGGGGAAGGAGCUGCUGGAGGAGGCGAAGCGCACGUACGAGCAGCUGAAUUCCGAGCUGCACGACGAGCUGCCGGCGUUGUACGACUCACGCGUGCUGUUCCUCGUCACCAAUCUGCAGACCCUCUUCGCCGCCGAGCAAGUGUUUCACACGGAAAGCGCCAAGGUGUACUCCGAGUUGGAGGCGAUCGUCGAUAAAUUGGCCAACGAGAGCCAGCGGGGUUCUUACACGCUGAAGAAGAGCACGGAACCGCAGUCGCCCAAGUCGCCGAACGCGAACUCGUCCCUAAUAAUCAACACGCAACCGGCGCAGAACAACAUCUCGGAAGCCUUGGACGACACCGCGCCCCCGGCCGGGGACUCGUCGCCGACCACCCAGAUAAACGGCAACGCUAACAGCAACGCUAACAGCAACGCUAACAGCAAUGAUAAUUCUCUCAAUAACCAGGACGCAUCGCCGCAGAGCGCGGUCGCGCCUGCCAAGCGGGUCGAGGAGCUGUACGAUAUUCCUGUCGGGGCGACGACCGACAAUCUACCGCCGGGCGUGUUGUACAGAGUCAAGGCCACUUACAAGUACAGCCGCGAGGACGUCGACGAGCUGUCGUUCGACGUCGGUGAAAUCAUACGUGUUGUGGAGUACGAUGAUCCGGAGGAACAGGAGGAAGGCUGGCUAAUGGGCAUCAAGGAAGGCACCAACGAGAAGGGCAUGUUCCCGGCGAACUUUACAAAGCCGCUGUGAAAGAGCUGCGUGCGGUUCGCCAUCUGACACUCCAAUGCUCACAGAGAAACGGCGUAUUUUACUCUAAGAUAAGUUAAAAGAGUCGUCAUUGAAGCGGGAGAUGAGAAUUGUUGCGUGCGUGUGCGCGCGCGCAAGAGAAAGAGAGAGAGAGAGAGUAGUAUUACGCACGAUGUGUACAGGUAUAUAACGCGCAAGUGAAGGAGCGAACGCGAAAGGAGAGAAAAGAAAGAAAAAAGGAGAUGGGCGCGGGCGAUGGGUUCUUGCAGGGGAGGUAAAGGGGAGGGGAGCGGGGAAUUCGAUAAGAUAGUUAUGCUGGAGGGUACUGCGGAGAAUCAAUCACCCCAAAGUGCCUUAACCCAGCCACUGUCUGUGCCAACAUUCACUCGUUUUGUUCAUCAAGUGUGUGCGUGUGUGUAUGCGUGCGUGCCUCCUGUGUGUGUGUGUGUGUGUGUGUGUGUGUGUCUCUGUGUGUGUGUCUGUGCGUAUGGGAUUAACUCUCUCAUAUCAAGCGUACGAAAUGCAACACAUCAUGAGUAAUCAAAUGAGAUAUUUAAGCGACGAGAUAAUAUAUUAUAACACAUUAGACAUAUGCCACAUGACACACACACACACACACACACACACACAC